AUGCAGCAAGGUCGCACACCAACCUCGCGCCCAGAAGGCCUGUUCAAGUACACGUCAGGUCGAUGGCUAAUAGAUGAGGAGCACCAGCUCGCGCAGCGAUAUGUCAAGUUCCAUGUUAACAAUCUGUGCUCCAAGGCAGCAUCGGUGUUCAGCGACUCAACAACAUGCAUGGACAUUAUUAAAAUAGAGGGAAACUUUAACAAGGCUUUUCUCCUUACAAUGGACGACGGCCACGAGGUGGUAGCAAAGGUCCCUUGUCCGAAUGCUGGACCGCCCUCGUUGACCACAGCUUCCGAAGUAGCGACAUUGAACUUCUUGCAGUCUCGUACGUCUAUACCAGUCCCAGUGGUAUUCGCUUGGAGCCCAGAUCCAGCGAACCCUGUAGGCGCAGAGCACAUCAUCAUGGAAAAGGUUCCAGGCGUUGCACUUGGCGAAAAGUGGGAUAGCAUGAAUAUGCUAGAGCGUUUUGAGAUCAUAACCCAGAUCAUCCAGAUGGAGAGCGAGCUCAGAAGUAUGGUCUUAUCCGCAUAUGGGAGUCUGUACCUACGUGACUCACAACACUCGCUACCGCGCGACUUUCAAUAUCAUCCUCUACCUGCUGAUUUAGACCCCGAUGGCUCGUUUUGCGUUGGUCCGUCCUGCCAUCGAACUGCCUGGGAUGGGAUAUCCGGAACGCCUGAUGAAAAGAAAUAUACAGGUCCCUGCGAAGUACAAGAACACCUCAACCGUUUUGGCAGAGUCCAAUCCAUUGAUGAAUACAUCAGCCUACUCCACAAGAUCAUCAAAAUCCUCCCAAUACUCUCGUCCAACCCAGAAGUCCUGGAUGUAUCACCCCCAGUCCUCUGGCACACAGACCUCCACCUCCACAACAUCUUCGUCGCCCCAGAUAACCCAACCACCAUCCAAGGUAUAAUAGACUGGCAGUCAACACGAUCCGCGCCCUUGUUCACCCAAGCGCGGUUCCCGGAAUUCCUCAGACCACCCAAGAACUAUAUCCCAGGAGCCCGGGUGCCACGCUUACCGGAUGAUUUCGAAGGAUUGUCUCCAGAGCAAAAGGAAGAAGCGAAGAGAGACAACACUUUGGCGUCGCUGUCAAAAUACUAUGAGCUGGCUUGUCGGGGGUCUAACGAACCAGCGUAUAACGGAAUGAGCCUUGAUCGGAGGCUUUGGGAGCCGUUUACCCCUUGUUCGCUUCCUGACUGUGGAAGUCUGGUUCCGCUGCGGAAUGCUUUGAUCCGACUUUCGCGAGGUUGGGAUAACCUCGUAUUGCCCGGUGUUUGUCCGUUUGGAUUCACUGAACGGGAGCUGGAAAGGCAUGCGGAGCAGGAGGAACAAUAUAGUGACAUGCUUUAUCUGUGGGACACUGUGAAGACUGGGCUUUGUACGGAUGACACUGGAUGGGUGCCGAAUGAUAGAUGGGACGCUACGAAUGAGGUGAAUCGGGAUCUAUUUAACAUGUAUAUUGAGACUAUGAGUGAGGAGAUGACACCGGAAGAGGCGGCAGCAAUGUGGCCGUUCCCACCUGUACCGGUGACUCAAUGA